AUAAAAUGUCGGUAGUCCAACUCUGAAGAAUUAGUCUACAUCUAAUUCUAUUGAGACCAGCUGGCCAUACCAGGAAGAGAUGGAAUUAAAUUGGGUUGCAUUUACUUUAUGCAUAAGUCUGAUCCUGAUCAAAGGCGAAUCCUCUUUCGCAACUACAGCUACCAAAAAUGAAAUCUGCAAAGCAUCAAGGAGAGAGGAGGAACAAUGCGGAUCAUAUGCCUAUAAGGCCAUGAAACCACUGCUCAUCUACGUAGAAUUGAUGAGGACAAAAGUGGAAAACCAUGAUAAUAUAACAUCCAUUAAGAAUAACGAAAUUGAAGGCCUUCAAAUGAAGAUAUCCCAAUAUGAAUCAGAUUUAAUAAAGAAUUUGAGAGAGCAGAUUAUUGCUGGAUUGAGGGAACAGAUCAUCAAAAAGGACAGCGAAUUAAAGCAGCAAAAGUUUGACCAGCAAAAUGUAUAUGAAACUAUCAUUCAGGAACUGAGAAACUAUAAAAAUAUAACAGUAAGUCAGAACUCUGAAAUCAAGGAGUUGCAGAAGAAACUAGUUGAUCAAAAUGAAAAUGUCGCCAUCAUACAGGGAUUGAGAAAUCAGAUAGAUUCAUACAACAAGAACAAUGACAAUUUGCAAUCAAUCAGGAAUGAAUUAAAUAAGCAUCAAUCAAUCACUAAAAUAUGA